GCCCGCGGCGGCCUCCGUGCGUGAGGAGUCCGGAGCCUGGGCGUGUGGAGCAGCCGCCGCGCGCCGCCGCCGGGAUCAUGGUGUUCUACUUCACCAGCAGCAGCGUUAAUUCAUCUGCUUACACUAUUUACAUGGGAAAGGAUAAAUAUGAAAAUGAAGAUCUAAUAAAGCAUGGCUGGCCGGAGGAUAUCUGGUUUCAUGUGGACAAACUCUCCUCGGCUCAUGUAUACCUCCGAUUGCAUAAGGGAGAGAAGAUAGAGGACAUUCCCAAGGACGUGCUGAUGGACUGUGCCCACCUUGUGAAGGCCAACAGCAUUCAAGGCUGCAAGAUGAACAACAUCACUGUGGUCUAUACGCCGUGGGCCAACCUGAAGAAAACAGCCGACAUGGAUGUGGGGCAGAUAGGCUUUCACAGGCAGAAGGACGUGAAAAUGGUGACCGUGGAGAAGAAAGUGAAUGAGAUCCUGAACCGGUUAGAAAAGACCAAGACAGAGCGGUUCCCGGACCUGGCCGCGGAGAAGGAGUGCAGGGACCGGGAGGAGCGGAAUGAGAAGAAAGCCCAGAUUCAGGAAAUGAAAAGGAGAGAAAAGGAGGAGAUGAAGAAGAAGAGGGAGAUGGACGAGCUCAGGAGCUAUUCGUCAUUAAUGAAAGUUGAGAAUAUGUCUUCAAAUCAGGAUGGCAAUGAUUCAGACGAAUUCAUGUGAGUGGAGAGAAGGACCUUUGACAGAUGUGAAUUUAGGGACAGUUGCUGAUAUUUUGAUGACACCUGUGGUCUGAGUUAUAAACAACUGAAACUACCUUCCUUCUACACAAAUAUUAAUCAGUUUUGGCAUUUAAAAAAUUGUUCCCCUUUUUUGCUGACAGAAAAGGAUCAAAAUAUAUGUAUAUAUGUAAUAUUGUUGGACUUGAAGACAGCAUUUAACUUUAGGAAAGUGAAAAUAUUUUUGCCAGAACAUGUCUUGGUACCUCCUGGAAGUUGGCUGCCCUUGUUCUUGGAAAAGACUUUAGAACGAACCAGCUCUUUAGAGUAUUUCUAUUACUGUGGUUUGCCCCUGAAAAUAGAUGUCUUAAAAAGCGUUUCAUAUUCUUAAAAUGUCUUUAUUCUGUUAAGACUAUAUCGUGAGCAUUACAUGUGCGUGUCACCCCCACCCCGAUUCCUGACUGGAAAGGCUCAUGGACUUGGAAGAUGACGGUGGUGUUUUCAGAAAAUUGCUGCCCUCAAAUUCCCUGUCCCUUGUGUUGUCUGCGUCUGUCAGGAGGGAGGUCCUGGGUCAUCUGCUUGUCCUGGCUUCCAGCUCCCGCAAGCCUGCUGUCCCCGCGAGGCCGCCACCUGGGUAUCAACACGUUUAAAGAAGUAGUCGGGGGCCUCCCCGGUGGCGCAGCGGUUGAGCGCUGGGUUGCGAAGCUGCCCGCAGCCUCUGAAAUGCCAGUUCGAUCCCCGGCUGCUCCCCGGCCACCGGAGGAGGGUCCCACAUGGCGCG